AUGAAGGCACAGUGUACUAUUGAUUACACAGAAUAUCCGAAUGACCGCAAACACUGCUGCUUCAACCUGCAAUCCACACUCUACAAAAGAUAUGUCAAGUUUAUUAUGGAGCACGGAGAUGGUCAUGAGAUGUUGAAUACCAAGAAUAUCAGAACCAACUGGCAUGUGGACCCAUCAUGGACUUGGAUUAUGAAGUUGAAUCAGGAUAAUGAUAAUAGAGCCGAGCGUCUGGAAGUGUGCGUCGGCGUUGUCCGCAAGUCGUCCACCCUCGCCGUCGAGUUGACUCUCCCAGUGCUGAUCUCCGCUUUGAUUCUCCUUUUGGCGCCAUUUUUUGGAAAAUUCAAUCAACAAAUCUACGUGAAAAUGUUCGCACUUCUUUUGCAGUUCAUGAGCUUCCAAUUUUUGUCCGAGAAGACUCCACAACUCGGAUUCGGGGAUAAUAUUCCGAAAAUUUACAUCUUCUACGCCUUCACCAUCGGAAUGACCGUGCUCAGUCUCAUCGCUACCGUAAUGAUCUCGGCGAUGAGCCGUGUGAAGCGAAAGGUGCCACCAGCACACCGUUACACUCUCCUAGCCUCACUUCUUAACGCUAAUUUAUGCUGCGGAUCGGAAGAGGAGCCGACAACUGACGGAACUUCCUCAAAGGACGCAACAUCCGACUGGCUUCAAGUUCACUCUGCUCUCAACAACAUCUCCUCGAUUCUCCUCAUCUUUAUUUAUAUCAUCGGUGCUAUUGUCAUUGCUUUUUAA